GCGGAUUUCAAUCAUAUGAGGCCCUUUUUUUUGGACCGGAAGUGGGCAACUGGCCGACAGCUUCGGAGGGUUGCGGAGCGCUUCUCGAUUCUAUGGAAGAGAUGUCAGGAGACAGUAUGGUCAGCUCGGCAGUGCCAGCAGCUACGACUAGGACCACAUCUUUUAAGGGCUCCAGUCCCAGCUCCAAGUAUGUGAAGCUGAAUGUGGGAGGGGCGCUGUACUAUACCACCAUGCAGACACUCACCAAACAGGACACCAUGCUGAAGGCCAUGUUCAGUGGCAGGAUGGAGGUGCUAACGGACAGUGAAGGCUGGAUCCUCAUUGACCGCUGUGGGAAACAUUUCGGGACUAUCCUAAACUACCUGCGGGAUGGGGCAGUGCCACUUCCUGAGAGCCGGCGAGAGGUGGAGGAGCUGCUAGCCGAGGCCAAGUACUACCUGGUCCAAGGGCUGGCAGAUGAGUGCCAUGCUGCCCUGCAGAACAAGGACACUUAUGAGCCGUUCUGCAAGGUGCCCCUGGUGACCUCUUCCAAGGAUGAGCAGCGACUCAUCGCCACCUCCAAUAAGCCGACAGUAAAGCUGCUGUACAACAGAAGCAACAAUAAGUACUCCUACACCAGCAACUCUGAUGACAACAUGCUGAAGAACAUCGAACUGUUUGAUAAGCUGUCGUUGCGCUUCAACGGACGAGUGCUCUUCAUCAAGGACGUCAUCGGGGACGAGAUCUGCUGCUGGUCCUUCUAUGGCCAGGGCCGCAAGAUCGCUGAGGUGUGCUGCACUUCCAUCGUCUAUGCCACAGAGAAGAAGCAAACCAAGGUGGAGUUCCCAGAGGCCCGCAUCUAUGAAGAGACACUCAACAUCCUGCUGUAUGAAUCCCAGGAUGGCAGAGGGCCUGACAAUGCCCUGUUGGAGGCCACGGGAGGCGCCGCAGGCCGCUCGCAUCACCUAGAUGAGGAUGAGGAGCGCGAGCGCAUUGAGCGUGUACGCCGGAUCCACGUGAAGAGGCCGGAUGACCGCACGCACCACCACCAGUGACCGUGUCACGCGUAAACACAAGCCGUACGUAAACAUGCAUCCACACACGUACCCUCACAACUAGAAGCCUGUGGCCCGUGCCUUAUAACAACCACCGCUCCCCGCACAGGAGCCCCCCCAGUUACCCCCAGCUGGGGUCGGGACUCUUUCCGGAGCCAUGGUGCUCCUGGUUUUUGAAUCUGCUUCACUAUGACUGACGCGAUGCCUGAAGCAGAGGGCUCGCCGCAGCACGUGUCUUUUGGCACCACAUCCCCCCUGUUCUGGUGGGGAAUGGGUGGGAGAUAUGUGUCUGGGGAGGAGCAACGCAGUCUGUGUCUUGGCAGUCCAUGUCAUUCUGAGCUGGAAAUGCAGACAAGCGUAACUCUCCUUCACAGUCAAACUGGUGGUGCCCCAACGCAGUCUACAACCAAACCAGAACAUUCCUCUGAGCUCUACAGUGCAUUAGCGCUUUGCGAUUAGCUUAGUGGAUUCCCCUCAGCUGCCCUAAUUUGUCUUGCUGUGACGUCAUGGUGGCCGUUCCGGCAUGGGAGGUAAAUAUCUUUUUAAGAAUCAGCCGUGGGAUUACAGGACUGCUCAUUUAUAAUCCUGUAGGGCUAAGUCUGGGACAUUUCUAUUCCAGCCAGGCACCAAGCCACCCUCCUCCUGCCUUCCGGUCUGUUUGUCUUUUCCUCAACCCUUAAUUCUGUAAUAAGAGCUGGGAAUAUUUUGGAUUCUGUUAUCCAGGACUGUAAUUGACUGGCUAUGUUUUAAUGAUGGUCCCAGUCCUGGAAGGUUAUAGCUUCUGUUGGUUUAUCUCUUUCCUUUUUCCUUUUUUUUUUUUUUUAAUGAAGAGCUGUCAUCUUCCAGUAUUGAGUGACUAAUCCAAGUUAGUUUAGUUCAAGAAAAGUUAUAGUCAGGGAAGAUUUUAAGGAAGACUUGAGAGCUUUACUCCACCACCCAACAUUUGGUUAUCAGGUGGUGUUUAAUUAAUCAUCUGUCACAUCAUCCUGAAAACGUCUCUUAUGUAAGUGUAGUCCAUGUGUGUUCCAAAUAAUAUAAUUUGAGUCUUAAUAAUGCUGUGCAAAAGCAUGUAUGAAAAAUAGAUGGAUGGAAGUGUACAAGUUCCACACAGAAAUUUGAAACAGAUUUAAUUUUAUAAAUGUUAUGUCUGAAAAGUUUGUAGUAAGUGUGCAGAAGCAUUUUGGGUGUUAAGGUGUUCAGAGGAGAGUGAAUUUGAACACGUCUGACUUUUAUAAUGUUCAUUAUUUGAAGUAUACUAUUGGUGGUGGUGAAAAACCAUUUUGGAGGUGAAAGGGUGAGGUAGUGUUGGUAUUCUGUUUCUGGUCCACCAGAGGACAGUGUUUCACAAAAUUUUUCAAGACCAUAGAAGGCUUAUUUUGCACUGUUAAUUUUGCGUGUCUUAAUUUUGUUUGUCUUAGGUAUUUUCCCCAGUUGUUUUAGUUUGGUAAUGGAGCAGCAGACAUCCAGUGCCCCUCAUUUAAUUCAGUCCAGUAUCCGUAUGCUUUGUGUUUUGAAAAUGUAAGUUUUGGGCAUGGUGUGAGUUGUUCAGUUGUUAAUUUCAUGUGUAGAAUUGGAGACUAAGACCAAAAUGGGAAGCAUAUUCCUUUAUCCCUUUUACAGAAAGUUAUUUAAAAACUAAAAACUUGUGCUGCAUUGUAACUUUUUUUGAAAGGAAUGAUUGGUUUGUUAGGCUUAAGUACAAGUUUGUUUUUUAAGCAAUCAUUUCACAAUGAAAAUCUUUGUACAUAUGCACAGUGAAGUGUCUUAUAUUUAUACAUUAUCACAAUAAAAACACUUUAAGUAUA